GUGUGAAGCACAGGCAUGCUAUUUAUACAACUUAUAAAACAAACUAUGCAAUCAGAAGCAGUGGUAUUUUGAUAACAGAACCCUCUGGAUCAGAAACUUCUCAUAGUUAUUUUCAUAAGAAAUAUGGUGUAUCUAUAAAUCAUGAUGAUAUUCUUAAAGAAUAUCUUGAUUUACCUGUUAAAGAAAUUAAUAUUCUUGAUUACUGGAAAAAUAAAUCUAAAAAUUUUCAAUGA